AUGAUUGAUGGGCAUCAACUCCUUCAUGAGAAGAGGUCAGAUUUCAGAGCGAGGAAUCUGCCAAAUAAAACCUACCCUCUCCCCUCACCAGUUGCAGAUCCUCAGAUUUUGGACUGCACAAAAACAGAUAAUGACAGCCGAGGAGAACAAGCUUUUCUCUGUGACACUGAUAUUCUUAGGGUUAUGAUGAAGAUUCUCGGACAUUUGGGAACAAAUGAUUUGUUUGAGGUGUAUGUCUGCUUUCAGAGAAAAUCAGUGGGCUGUUCCUGUGGCAGUGGAUCUUGGAGAGGAAUCCUGAAUCUAUUUUUAUAUGUUUGGGGGCAGCAAGACACUCAAGAGAUGCCUUGGAAUCUGAGGCUCCAAAAUGCCAAACAAAGAACAGCCAGAUAUGCUGGGGUCACCACACUGUUGAAAGAUGUUUCUGCUUUCCAUGGUAAAGGAACAACAUCUUCUCCCACCAAGUGGUCCUCCUUUGAUCAGCAGGAUGGUGGUAACCAGAUCUAUGAGGAUGAAGUGUGCUACGUCCUUAUCAAUCAUAAGGCCCCGGGGAGGAAGCCAUUGGGGAACUCUACUGAAGAGGAGGUUAUCGGAGAACUCUAUGAGAACAUCCCCUGCAAGUCUAACAGGCCCAGGGAGUCUCUGGGAGGCACUGAGACAGAGUAUUCACUUCUCCGUGUGUCUGCCACCCCGAAGAAUUCACCUUGCCCAGAAGACGAAUAUGAACUUCUCAUACCUAGCAGAGUCUCCUCUCCUUCCCUCCAACAGCCAGGGCUACGUAUGGUCCCUUCUGAGACUCAGUCUUUUUGUUUACAGUGAUGAGAUUGGACUGCCUUUGUUUAGCAGCAGAUGAAAGUAGGGCCUGGGGCUGUGGCUGAAGCAGAACUGAGGCACAGAGCUCUUUAGCUUACUUCUCCAGGGUCUGCACAGAGUAUGGCCUGCAAACCACGGUGCCUUUCAGAUCCUGCUCAACAUUUGCCAUCCACAAAUCAACAAACUAAUCCUGAACACCGCUGUCUGAGAAAAGAGUGACCAUCCUUGGCUCUGUAGCAGGAAGAGCUUCCUGGUCCCCUAUAGCUCUGUACACCACAAAAGAUUCUACUUUUCUGAAUUACCUUGGUUUUUGCUGUUCUGGGGGUUUGGGGAGUUGUUUUGCUUUCUUUUGGAGUCCUGAGAAUUGAACCCAAGGCCUUCACACUCCAUUGCCAGCCCUUUUUAAAUUUUUUAUUUUGAGACAGGAUCUUGCUAAAUCACUAAAUUGCCCAGGCUGUACUCAAACUUGCAGUCCUCCUGUCUUAGCCUCCCACCUGACUGGAUUCUUAUAAAGUAUCAUGAUUGUCCUCUGAAGUUACAAGGCAGCUUAUUCAUCAUAAGAAGUGUCCCCCAAGGGAGAAUUCACACAUUACAGUAACUUUCCAGCUCAGCUUCAGUCCCCAUGGAAGUGUCAUAUUCCCCUUACUCCCUGUGCCUAAGAAAUGUCCUUUACACAGUGUCUUUUGGCUCACUGCCCCCCAUGGCUUAUUUAUGUGAGCUGAAUCAGAAGGUUUCAGUACUGUUUCAUUUUUACAUAAUUUUAAUAUAUAUUUGUUUGUGUGUAAACUUUGUAUUUCUCCCCAUAAUUUUUUGGCAGUGCUGGAUAUCAAACCCUUGGCCUUAUACAUGUUUGGCAAGCAACCAUAUCCCCAGACCCUCUCUAUAAAUCUUAGUAAGACAGUUGUUAUGGUUUGUGUUUAGAUGUG